GAUGUCAUGCCCUCUUCUAUCGUUAUCAUCUUAUCGUUAUCUCCGUAUGUUCACGGACAAUCGGGUUCGGUAUUUACCGUCCUUUAUUUCGAUGCUUGUGGAAGUUUGAAGUGACAAAACUUUUGGAUUUGAGAUCUCCCUCUCUUUUCUCCCGAAACGAUAUACUACAACAAAGAUGUCAGUAGUAUCAGGUUUAAAAGGCGAAGCUUCGCAACAAGCUCGCUCGCUGGUAAGUAAUCACAAAUGGUGCUACGGAAUUGGUUGCCACUCAAAAUAUCACAAAGCUGUCGAUGUCUAGUUAUGAGAGAGAAUGCGAGCUUGGCGUAGAACGAAUACUUACUUCUGAAUUGUAGUAUCGACAAUUACUAAGACAAGGCAGCCAAUUCGCAGCAUACAACUUCCGAGAAUAUGCAAAACGCAGGACGAGGGACUCAUUCAGAGAACACAAGGAUGUUCAAGAUGAGAGGAAAAUCCAGGAAUUGAUGCAGAAAGGACUGAAGGAACUACAGACCUUGAAGGUACGCUAAGUUACAUAUUGGCAAAGAAGCCGAUACGCAGUUGGCGGACCUGUGUCGGUAUUGGGAGUCUGGGAUUUGUGGCGCCGUAUGAAGGAGGCAUGCGGAUAGAUGAAGCUGAGCAUCAAUUGGAGGUAUAAUUGCUGACAUUUUACGCAACAGAGGCAAACUGUUGUCAGUCAGUUCUUCCAACUCGAUCGAUUAGUGGUUGAAGGUGGAAAGUCGGUAUGUGUUUGAGGAGAUCUUUUGUGACAGGAGAAGUGAUGUUGAUUUUCGCUACAGGGAAAGCAAUCUGGGAAUAGAAAUGACAUAGUGCGACAAAAGGACACAGGGUAAGGGCCUCUCCUCUGUAGGCGUCUAAUUUGUGGCUCACAUUACAUAGAUGGGACUGAUGUAACUCGGAUGAUUGUGGAUUGUGAACAUGAGGAAGUGCUAUGAAGUAAAGACGUUUGAGGGCAUGUAUCACUACACACGGGGUUCGAUUGCACUUUGGUGUCUGUCCGGCGAGACAUUCUUAUACCAAGUAAUUCAGGAAAUAUCACCUCUCAGCCAACGGCCCUGCUUAAACGAUGCUUGGGCUGGUACAUAGCUCAUACAAUCGUUCCAUAAAUGCACACCAAGAUUCUUGUUUUAGGAUUAUGGGGGAGAGUUUGAAGCAGAUAUGGUACCUAUUCAAGUCUAUGAACUUUGGCUCACUAGGAAAACUGCCAGUAGUAACCCGCAUGGCAAGACUUUCAUUGCGCCGAAUCAUACAUGGGUUCAGAUAAAACCUUCAAAUAUGUCAUCAACUUCUAUAGAUAAAUUGAACU